UGUUCAAAGCGCAGUACAAGCGGCGCCACACGACAGUUCCACUGGAUGCGCCGGUUGCCCUGCUUCAGGUCCCUGUCUGCAAAUCGAUUUUCUUAACCGGCAGGCUCCACAAAGUAUACGCUUCUUCCAGUGUGGACUAGCGAUAAAGCGAAUCGUUGGCACGCAGUUCAAGCACCAGGCCACCAAACGAUACCAAGGCUACAUUAUUCGGCUCAUCCACGGAACGCCAAACGAUUGCAAGAUGCAUCGAGUUACGGCGGAUAAUCUCGAACGGUCGAUCUUUACGUCGUCACGCCCGGAAGAUAAGCUGCAUUUUUGCGUUGUCGCCUUCAGCAAGACCUUCGCAGCAACAUACAAUCAUGGGCCACACGAAAACCUCGUGCCGGGCCGCAUCGUCAACUUGUUCAACGUCAGAGACCCGUCACUCCAAAUAGAGACCCGUGUUCGUGGAUCUUCAAAUAUUUAUGACGUGACCGUUUUGGAGACGGUUACUGACGAAUUUCCGCAUUACCCUCGAUCAUCCGGGACCAUGUUUGGAGGGCAAUCGUAUCGGCAGUUGGGUGUCACUUCAGAUCGAACGCUGACUUGGAAAGAUGGCGUGAUCUCCGAGCGGCGCGACAUGUACGCUAUCGGGAGCGGCCACGGGAAGUCGGGAGAUUCUGGUUCCGGAGUCUACUCGACCGACGGCUUAUUUUUGGAAAUUGCCGACCAUCACCCGGACACGCAAAUGAUCUCGGCCGAGCUGAUCAAGGUGGUCGGCAACAUCGUUCCUGAUGCAAAACAAUACGGCCCAUCC